GCGGAGGUUCAACAUCUCUAUAAAGUUUAAAGAACGCGGUGCUGCGGCAGUCGUAAUUGGAGGAGCGAUGGAGAGAAGCCGUCGUAAUCCUCGUCAAAGACAUUCUCGUUCACAGAAAAUUGCUUCUAAUUGUACGAAUAAUAGUGCCACCGAAGCUGGAAGCAGCGUCCAAAAUGAUUUCAGUGACUCCGUUAAUGUCCGUGACUGGAAAACUGGAAGAACAAGAAACCAUGAAAGAUCAGGAGUAGUAGAGAAAGAAGAAGAACAGGAGGAAUCUACCGAUCUUCCUCGCUUAAUUGGAACUUGCCCUCACAUGUGUCCAGAGGGGGAAAGGCUACAACGAGAGCGACUACGUGAUUUGGCCGUGUUUGAAAGGCUACACGGAAAUGUGGGGAAAACAUCUCCAGGAUUAGCUGUAAAAAAGUUUUGCAGAACUAUAUCGACCAAGCAUGUGCGGCCAUCUGAUGUGCGACCCCUCCCUGUAUUGGAAGAUACUUUGAAUUACCUUUUGGACUUGUUGAACUCUUCUGUACGUCCUUUUGAAGUAAUCCAUGACUUCGUCUUUGACAGAAUGAGGUCCAUUAGACAGGAUCUUAGCAUGCAGAAUAUUGUCAAUGAUAAAGCAAUCCGUAUGUAUGAGGAAAUGGUUAAAUUCCACGUCAUAUCCCACCACCAGCUACGUAGUUGCAACAGCAAUCCAAAUAUGUCUUCAGUGCAUUAUCUCAACAUGGAGCAGCUUAAAAAGACUCUUACAAGUCUAUACAACUUGUACGAAGUAAAUCAAAGUUCCAAUUCUUGUCAUGAGAAUGAACCUGAAUUCCGUUCACUAUAUGUGCUGCUUCAUCUUGAUUCAAACAGCCAAGCAAUGGGGGAAUCACUUUCUUUAUGGUUUCGCCUUCUGCCUUCUCCCAUCAUCAAGUCAAAAGAAAUGUGUUUUGCCAGGAGCACUCUACGAUACUUUCGAAUGGGCAACUACAAGCUUUUUAUCUGUAUCACUGCUACCGAAGCAUCAUAUCUUCAGUACUGUGUGAUGGAACCUUUCAUUGACGAGAUUCGAGCGAUGGCUGUGUCGUGUAUAAAUAAUGGUGGCUACAAGCUUUAUCCAUAUCCUCUGGCUCAUCUGGCCAGACUGCUGAGGAUGAAGGAAUCAGAUUUGGAAUCUCUUUGCACCUCUUGUGGUCUUGAAAUCUGCACUGAUGAUGAAAGUAACAAGUUGUUACCAUCCAAGCAAACAACUUUCAGCCGUUCCAAUACAAGUUUACAGUGCUAUAGCCUUUUGGGCUCGGAAAGGUUUUAAUGGCGAAUGAAGACGUCGUUCUGUUCUUUAUUCCCUCCCCACCCCCACCCCCACCGCGGUCAUAAUAACUUGUGUAAGCAUCUGUACAACCCAUUAUUGUUGUAUAUUAAGUACUUGGGUGCUUGUGAAUUGUCUAUGAUGCUGUACCUUAAUGUAGAGGGGUGAAGUUAUGCAUUAGCUUGCAAGUUCCCAGUUGCUGCGGAAUGGAACCAUUUGAUUUCAUGUAAGACUUCGGAUAUAAAGACUC